AUGAAUAAUACAGCCUCUCUUCCCAAGCUACCUCUUGCUCAGCCUCCGAUGAUCAUCGUCACCCAAACUUCUCAUAUUCUUCUUGCAACAUGCGGUCUAUUGCUCUGCUUCGCGGUUCCCUUUCUGGUCUAUAACGCUGCCACGAUGACCAGGCUGGUCAGAAGUAUCCCUGCUUGUCUCAGACAGCAAGCGGUGAACGAAGAAAAAUCAAACGAGAAUCUGACCCCGACCGCGGACACGAAUAUGAAAGUUGCAAAAUCCUCAGAUCCAGAAUGGACACCCUCGUCAACAAAAGAAGGUGGCAAGAUAUUUAUUCGUACGGUCAAACGUGAUGCUGUCCAAGCGAAGUACAAAAAGAAUAUCCGAACUCACAUUCUUCAUGAUCAAGAUCAUUUCGACAAGGAGAGUACUCGUACCCCUGUAAAAAGGUUUGGAAAUCCUGUAUCCCAUUUUCAUAAUAUCAUCUUACCUACCACGUCUCCUGGAGACGAUAGAUGGGCGGCAGAUAUUUUGAAUUAUGAUGGUCUCCUUGAACUAGCCAAUAAUGGUCGAAAUCCCUUACCACCUUUCUACGAAGAUACGAUGACUUCAUCAGAUAACUCGUCUGAAGAGGUCUUACAGCCGAAGGAAGCGAAUGCGACCGAUAUGAAGGACAAAGUCGGGAAGGAACCUGUGUUCUUUUGGCAUAAAUGGAGACUCGUUAAACAGCAUUUGGGUGAAUACCACAAGGCUACCACAAUUACUGAUAUCGUAAAAGGCGAUGCCUCUUCCGAUGUAUCAAUGUUUUCCGUGUUCGACGGACAUUCAGGAGAUGGCGUAUCGGAUCUCUUGAGGAGGACGUUACAUGGUUGUUUGGCUUACGCUCUAGGUAAAGCUCUGGAGGACAAGCAAGAACGGAUCUCCAAAAGUGACGAAUCUCAUGGAGAUAGUAACUUUGGUGUUCAGACUAUACUCAAGCCUAAGGUAUUCGCGAAUGUAAUCAGCCAGACUUUCCUGGCAGUAGACAGGGACAUCGUCAAUACACCUCUACUGAUAAGUAAUCCAGCUCUCGACAUGGACUGCGGACAAGACCGGUCGUCUGCUGCCAACACUGACUUGUCGACCCUUUUAACUUUGUGUAACAUUUUACCAGGUGCAUCUUGUGCUUUAACCGUGAUAAUGGACGCUCCAGCCCGCAGGGUAUACAUUGCUAAUUGUGGAGACUCAAGAGCCGUGGCUGGGUGGUGGAACAAGAAAGAACAAACAUGGAGAUGUGAUGUUUUGACUGUAGACCAGAAUGGCGACAAUCCAGAAGAAUGCACCAGAAUCGAUUCGGAACAUCCCGAGCACGAGAGAGGAACGAUAAUGGUAGACAAAGGCGAUGGUGUAAGGGUGUUCGGCGCACUCCAUCCUACGAGAACCUUCGGCGAUCACAUCUACAAGGCUCCAGCCAAACAAUGGAGAGAGUUACAUAAAGAUUUCUGUCAGUCCAAUCCCGAUCAAGAUUGGGGUCACAUAAACGCGAAAGGGAGAAGCACUCCACCUUACGUUACUGCUAAGCCUGAAGUAGCUUGGCGAGACCUUGAUGCAGAUGAAGCUGAAGAACUUCGUUUCAUUAUCUUGGCUACUGACGGUCUGUGGGGGAGACUCAGCUCGCAAGAAGCAUGUCAGCUGGUUUCCGCCAAUUUAACACAUGCCAAACAGGGCGAUGUAGAGAAAGCGAAGCUUUCAGAGUUGAUCCCACUUUCAUUUUGUACUUCGGAACCUAAACAUCACGAUCCUGCAGGAAAAUUGAAUGUUGAUGGCCGCUGGAUUUUCGAAGAUCAGAAUUCAGCUACUCAUUUACUCCGAAAUGCCUUUGGAGGGAGUGACAGACAGUUGAGAAAACAGAUUCUCAGUCUGGGGCAACCGGGUGUCAAACAUAUGAGGGAUGAUACUACUAUCACGUGA